AUGAAGCCCCUGUCAUCGAUGAGCUCGCUGCCGAUUCGGCUGGCAUGGGUGCAAGCCCCCGUGUUAGUUCCGCUGCUACGGGUGGCCGUCGUGGUGUGCCUGGUCAUGUCGGCGAUGCUGUUCGUGGAGAAGGUCUACAAGGGCGCUGUAUUUGCUCUCGUCAAGAUUUUUGGCCAUCGUCCCGAGCGGCGGCAUAAGUGCUAGCCGAUCAAGAACGACCUCGAGACGGGCAAUGACGGAUAUCCCAUGGUGCUCGUCCAGAUCCCCAUGUACAACGAGAAAGAGGUCAUCCUCCAAUUCGUCUCGUCACCUUCUCCGUUUCCUUCCGCACCUGCGCUUGCAUUGGGCUGCAUUGAUGCACUCUUUCCCUCUCUCCAUCUCUCUCGCUCACUCUCUUCCCUGUCUUUUCUCGGUGGUCGCCUUUUCCUCGCCUUCCCGCAGGUGUAUCAGCUCUCCAUCGGAGUUGCAUGUGGGCUGUCCUGGCCCUCCGAUCGCAUCAUCAUACAAGUUCUGGACGACUCCACCGAUCCCGUCAUCAAGGUGUGCUCUUCUCCGACUGGAGGGGAAAGCGUUCGCCGCUUUUCUUCCGAUGAUAGAGAUGGAUGUCAGCAUUAAUUUGGACGCGGCCCACCACAACAGACUGCCCGUUCUCCGUCCUCUGUCCUUCAAACCGUCUAAGAACCUUAUUCGGCCUCUUCGAUCAUCCUAAAAUUAAGACGGCAUCAUCCGACUGAUAGCCUGGAUGGUGGCAAAAAUGCAGGAGUUGGUGGUGUGGGAAUGCCGGAGAUGGGCUAGCAAGGGAGUGAACAUCAAGCGCGAGAUCCGGGCAAACCGAGCUGGUUACGAGGCGGGGCCCCUCAGGGAGGGCAUGAAGCACUCCUACGUCACGCGCUGCGAUUUCGUCGCCAUCUUCGACGCCGACUUCCAGCCCGAGCCCGACUUCCUCUGUCGCACCGUCCCCUUCCUCCUCCACAAUCCUGACGUCGGCCUCGUCCAGGCACGAUGGAAGUUUGGUGAGUCCCAGAUAACCUUUCUCUCUCUCUCUCUCUCUCUCUCUCUCUCUCUCUCUCUCUCUCUCGUUCUUAGUAUUAUUGUUAUUCCCUCGGGAGCCUGGCCCUGGCCAUGGUCUUCGCCAGUCGGUCGGCGCAGCGGCUUCACCGAUGCUCCCCGCUGACACACAACGACCGCUCUGUUACUCAAUAUGACUGCAAGGUCUAUUUUUUGAUGCGUGCCGUGCCUCGACUCCAGGGCAAUAAUUCCUCCAUGUUUGGGUCACUUAAAUCAAAUCGCAGCGGGGAUCCGGAUCUUAUCGUCGCCGCUCUCUUAUCUCCCCGUCAUCGUCAUCACCAGUCAUUACCACUCCUGAUGAUUCUUCUGCUGCUGCAUGGAGUAGGGUAAUCUGGCAUUUGCUCGGAGCAGUAGAACACAUGGGAAGCCGAGGAGUCGGUGGCGCUGGCUUUCCCCCUCCUCGUCGACUCCGUCUUCCCCCUCCUUUCUUUGUGUCUAUCGCAUACUUUCUCAGCCUGGGUAGCCCAUUUUCUUACUGGCGGUCACUAUUUUGUGUCUUCUUGGUAGCUCCUCCUAUAAGUCGAAUGCAUCUAAAGCAAAGAUCUUAACCAGGACUUUAGUCGUGAUGUCCAUCCGCCGAGGUGGAUUGAACCAUCCUCCUGUCGGGUCCGCCUCUUCCCAUUUCGUCUCCAGCAUGAUCUCUCGGGUCGUACUGGAGCUUCUCUUCCUCGGCUGUACCCGGGUGGCCGGUGUGUGCCGGCCGCCAUGGCCACAGCCCGAGGGGAUGACGACAGUGAGAGGAAGAGAUGCGACGGCUGCUGAGAACCGAGGAUUGUGUAACUUGUCCGUUCUCCCCUUUUUCUUCGUCAGCAGUCAAAGUGAGUCACAGCAGAAAACCCUCAACCAAACGUCCUUAGUUAUCACUAGCAACAAAAUGAGAUUAGGCGUGGCACUUCCGAGAAGGUGACCCUUCUCUUCUUCUUGUUGAAAAAUCCCUUCAGUGCCUUCACGGGUCCAGUGAUCACACUGUUCAGCCUUUCGUCCUUAUUCGUGUCAUCAUCAUCAUAAUCAUUGCUGAAUUUUGACUAGACGGUUCCGGAGACAUCCCAGGUACGGGAACUGGGGACUUAUGUGGCCCAGCUCCUCCCUUCCACGCUAUCACCACUGGUUCUAAGUAGUACGACACAGACGCGCCGCUGCCGUUGCCUCUGCCCAACCCCAACUCAUGCUCUCUCUCUCCCUCCCUCAACCUCCCCCCCCCCCCGUUUUAAGUGUUCUGCAGUUGCAGAUGUGAGCGUGCUCUAUCGCCCGUUGAUGCACACACAUUCAUUACCAGCACUAUUAUUAUCGUUAUCCAGUUCGGAGUUCGGGAGGCCGACGCGAGCUCCACUGCAUGAGCUUGCCAUGGCAGAAGGAAUAUCCGAUGAUAAAUGAAACCUGACAACCCCCCCCCCCCCCCAAUCUCCAACGCUGCUAUAUUUUGGAACUAAAUGAGAUCUAAGGUUGGAACCUUCGUUCUUUUUUUCUUUGCUCUUCUGCUGGUGAACCUCAGUGAACUCGGACGAGUGCCUGCUGACCCGGAUGCAGGAAAUGUGGCUGGACUACCAUUUCACAGUGGAGCAGGAGUUCGGCUCUUUCGCCUACUCUUUCUUCGGCUUCAAUGGUAAGCUUCACUGCAAACUGAUCCUUUGAGUCUACCAACCGCGGAGUCUUCUCGGGUUAAGCUGUUCUGCGGACGUGAGCAAGUGCCUGCCGGAUGGGGUUGCAGGCACCUCUGGGGUAUGGAGGAUCGCGGCGCUGAACGAAGCCGGGGGUUGGAAAGACCGGACGACCGUGGAGGACAUGGAUUUGGCCAUCCGAGCCAGUCUUAAGGGCUGGAAGUUUGUCUACCUCUACGAUGUUAAGGUACCUACAGAUAUUUCUCUCCUCCCCUCCGAUGGUAAUUAUUUCUGUCUUCUCCUGGGAAUGCUCAUGUCCCGUGGGAUUCGACCCGCCGAGCCAGGUUAAAAAAGAGUUACCAAGCACGUUCAAGGCCUACCGCUAUCAGCAGCAUCGGUGGUCUUGCGGUCCAGCGAACUUGUUCAGGAAGAUGGUAGUGGAGAUCGCGUGGAACAAGGUCAGUCGGCUCGGAUUCCUCUUAUUCAGAAUUCGAAAGUUGAGGAUGAGCCCUUCGACAAUGCUCACCGGUGUUAUAUUACACGCAUAAAAGUUACGGAAGCCAAGUAAUGCAAUAUGAAAACCUGCAGAAAGUGUCGCUGUGGAAGAAGAUCCAUGUCAUCUACAGCUUCUUCUUCGUGCGGAAGAUCGUAGCCCAUAUCGUCACCUUCGUGUUCUACUGCGUGGUGAUUCCGGGGACCGUGUUGGUUCCGGAGGUGGAAAUCCCAAAGUGGGGGGCCGUCUACAUACCCUCCAUCAUCACCCUCCUCAACGCCGUUGGAAGUCCUAGGUCCGUCCAGUAUAAUUCACCCUCCAUCAUCACCCUCCAUGUCCAUCCACACACUUCACUGGCUAUUCACACGGUCCCAUGAUAUGUGCGUCUUCCUUAUCUCAUUUUUCAUUGAAAAACAACAGGUCGUUACAUCUUGUGGUAUUCUGGGUCCUCUUCGAGAAUGUCAUGUCCCUCCACAGGACCAAGGCGACCUUCAUCGGGCUGCUGGAGGCAGGUCGCGUGAACGAGUGGAUUGUCACCGAGAAGCUUGGAGAUGGGCUCAAGGUCAAGGCGGGGAGCAAAGCUCCGAAGAAGAUUCGUCUCCCCAUCGGCGACAGGUAAUUUCGUAGUCAUCAUCAUCUUUCUGGCUGUGGGGACGUUGGUUCUACGGAUCGGAACCCAGAGUUGUUUCCGUAGAUCUCUAACUUGUGGUCGCCGUGAAUCACCACCACCACCACCACCAGAGUGCACCUAACGGAAAUCGGAGUGGGCGCCUAUCUCUUCUUCUGCUCGUGCUACGACGUCGCUUUCGGGAAGCGCAGCUACUUCGUCUUUCCCUUUCUCCAGGCCGCCGCUUUUGCCGUGGGUUCGGAUAUGUCGGGACCUUCGGCCCCGACACCUAGCAACCGGUCCCCCUUCCGCCGGUGA